AGACUCUCUACAUUAGAAGGCUGUUCUAUCGAAAAGCAGCUUUCACUAUAAUACAUGUGCAGCAGGUGGAAAAAAAACACUGUAAGAGGGUUUGUGGAUGCACUUAGAUGUUUGCAAUGAGCACUGUGGCUGGCAUGCCCCAGUGUUUUGGAUACCAAUGCAUAGGACUCCGUAGUAAUCGAAUUUAUCAGAAACGAACGUCAUGAGCAUAGUGAUCCCAUUGGGGGUUGACACAACAGAAACUUCAUAUUUGGAAAUGGCUGCAGGCUCAGAACCAGAAUCUGUAGAAGCUAGCCCUGUGGUAGUUGAGAAAUCCAACAGUUAUCCACACCAGUUAUAUACCAGCAGCUCGCAUCAUUCUCACAGUUAUAUUGGUUUGCCCUAUGCGGACCAUAACUAUGGUGCGCGGCCUCCUCCAACACCACCAGCUUCUCCUCCUCCAUCAGUUCUUAUUAGCAAAAACGAAGUAGGCAUAUUUACGACGCCAAACUUCGACGAGACCUCCAGUGCUACCACUAUCAGCACGUCCGAGGAUGGAAGCUACGGUACUGAUGUGACGAGGUGCAUCUGUGGUUUCACACACGACGAUGGCUAUAUGAUCUGUUGUGACAAAUGCAGUGUUUGGCAACAUAUUGACUGCAUGGGGAUCGACAGGCAGCAUAUUCCUGAUAUAUAUCUCUGUGAACGUUGUCAGCCUAGGAAUUUGGAUAAAGAAAGGGCAGUACUGCUCCAACGCCAGAAAAGGGAGAAUAUGUCAGAUGGCGACACCAGUGCAACAGAGAGUGGCGAUGAGGUUCCUGUGGAAUUAUACACUGCCUUUCAGCACACACCAACAACAAUUACUUUAACUGCUGCAAGGGUUACUAAAGUCAAUGAUAAGAAAAGAAAGAAGAGCGUGGAAAAGGAGCAAAACAUUUCAAAAUGUAAAAAAGCCUUCCGUGAAGGAUCGAGGAAGUCAUCAAGAGUCAAGGGUUCAGCACCAGAGAUUGAUCCUUCUGAUGGUUCAAAUUUUGGAUGGGAAACUAAAAUUAAAGCAUGGAUGGAUCGUUAUGAAGAGGCAAAUAAUAACCAGUACAGUGAGGGUGUCCAGAGGGAAGCACAAAGAAUCGCUCUGAGGCUGGGCAAUGGAAAUGACAGAAAGGAAAUAAACAGCAAAUCAGAAUUGAAUGCCAGCAAUAUGAUCUUCAAGCCUCCUGUAGAGAGCUACGUGCAGAAGAACAAAAAAAUUCUAAGAGCUGCCAAAGAUUUGCCUCCUGAUGCACUUAUUAUUGAAUACAGAGGGAAGUUCAUGCUGAGAGAACAGUUUGAAGCCAAUGGGUAUUUCUUUAAGAGACCAUACCCUUUUGUUUUGUUCUAUUCUAAAUUUCACGGGCUAGAAAUGUGUGUUGACGCAAGGACCUUCGGAAAUGAGGCUCGAUUCAUCAGGCGUUCUUGUACACCAAAUGCUGAGGUGAGGCAUGUAAUUGAAGAUGGAACUAUACAUCUUUAUAUUUACUCCAUCCAAAACAUUCUGAAGGGAAUCGAAAUUACCAUCGCCUUUGAUUUUGACUAUGGAAAUUGCAAAUACAAGGUGGAUUGCGCAUGCCUGAAAGAAAAUCCUGAGUGCCCAGUUCUUAAACGUGGUUCUGAGCCCACAGAAAACAUCAAUAGCGGUUAUGAGACCAGAAGAAAAAAAGGAAAGAAAGAAAAGGAUAUUUCCAAAGAAAAAGAAACACAAAAUCAAAAUAUUACCUUAGAUUGUGACGGAGCAGCCAACAAAAUGAAGAGUCCAGAUAAUAAGCAACGCAAACUUUCCCCACUGAGGCUGUCCAUAUCAAAUAAUCAGGAGCCAGAUUAUGUUGAGGAGCUAGAAGAAAAAACUCCUAUUAGCAAUGAAGUAGAAAUGGAAUCAGAGGAGCAGAUUGCAGAAAGGAAAAGGAAGCUGACCAGAGAAGAAAGGAAAAUGGAAGCUAUUCUGCAAGCUUUUGCCAGGCUGGAAAAGAGAGAGAAACGAAGAGAACAGGCUUUGGAAAGAAUCAGCACAGCGAAAACAGAAGUUAAACCGGAGUGUAAAGACGCCCAGAUUAUCAACGAAGCUGAGCUCGUUCAGGAACCAGCAAAAGAAGAAACUGCCGGCAAACCAACCCCUGCCAAAGUAAACAGAGCUAAACAGAGAAAAAGCUUUUCUCGGGGCAGGACUCACAUCGGUCAGCAGCGCCGACGACACAGAACUGUCAGUAUGUGUUCAGAUAUCCAGCCCUCUUCUCCAGAUGUGGAAGUCACUUCCCAACCAAAUGAAACUGAGAACUCUGCACUCGCCGCAGAACCCGAUACCGAACCUGCUGUAGCAGAAAUCAUCCCUGAAACUGAAGCUCCAGCACUUAAUAAAUGUUCCACAAAAUACCCCAAAACAAAGAAGCACUUGGUCAAUGAAUGGUUAAGUGAGAAGAGCGAGAAGCCCGGGAAGCCUACAGACAGCCUUUCAGAAAGGCCUCUGCGAAUAACUACAGACCCCGAAGUAUUGGCUACACAACUCAAUUCUUUACCGGGUCUCUCUUACAGCCCACAUGUAUAUUCUACUCCAAAGCACUAUAUUCGCUUCACUUCGCCAUUCCUUUCAGAAAAAAAGAGGAGAAAAGAACCCUCUGAAAAUGUUUCCGGCUCUUGCAAAAAGCGUUGGUUGAAGCAAGCAUUGGAAGAAGAAAAUUCAGCAAUUAUAGAUAGAUUUAAUUCACCCUGUCAAGAAAGAUCUAGAAGUCCUACAGUUAAUGGUGAAAAUAAAAGUCCACUGUUACUCAAUGAUGGCUGUACCCUACAAGAUUUAACUACCCCACUUAAAAAACGAAGACUCUAUCAAAUCCUGGAUGCUGCUUAUUCGGAAACCUCCACACCUACUCCUUCUCCAUAUGCCACACCGACCCACGCAGAUAUCACUGCCACAGACCCAUCCUUGUUUGCUACUCCUCCUAGGGUAAAAUCAGAAGAUGAAACUUGUAGGAAUGGUUACAAACCUAUCUAUUCACCAGUUACUCCCGUGACUCCUUGUCUACAUGGAAAUGUCAUGCACUUUGAGAAUAUUUCCUCACCGGAAAGUUCCCCAGAAAUUAAGAGGCGAGCUUAUAGUCAAGAGGGAUACGACAGAACAUCAACCAUGUUAACAUUGGGUUCUUUUAGAAAUUCCAAUUUGACCGAAAUAAGCCUGCAAGAAAUAAAGACUAUUGGAUAUUCCAGCCCAAGGACGAGGCCUGAACUCAGCAGGCAGUGCCCUGGAGAAAAGGAACCUGUAUCAGACCUCCAGAUGGGACUCGAUGUAAUUGAGCAAAGUGCACUGCAUAAAAACAUGGAAACCCCCUCACACGAAAGGACUGAUUCGAACAGCCAGCUAGAAACCGCUCACUGUGGAAGGGGCCCAAUAUAUUCUUGUUGGGUUAAAAGUCCUGACAGAACAGGUGUAAACUUCUCCUCCGUGAAUUCGAACUUAAGAGACCUGACACCAUCACAUCAGUUGGAGGUCGGAGGUGGAUUCCGAAUAAGCGAGUCAAAGUGCCUGAUGCAAGAUGACAACAGAGGCAUGUUUAUGGAAGCAUCAGUCUACUGUUCUUCAGAAGAGGGGAUCGCAUCUGGUUUUGGAAGGACCGUUAGCGACAGUUUAAUGGAUGGAAACUGCACACCCCAGAAUCCACCACAAAAGAAAAAGGUGUCUUUAUUAGAGUAUCGAAAGAGACAGCGUGAAGCUAGAAAAAGCGGCUCCAAGGCAGAAAACUUAUCCCUGGUCACCGUGUCUCCUCACGCUCCUUCUGGGGGAAGUGUGGCAAGCGGUGGCGGUGAUGGGUAUAGUGCUGGUGGUGAAAAUGGGGAGCAAGCAGAUAACACUGCUAGCCUGCCUUUACCUCUUCCAGCUGCCAUCCAUAAUGCUACAUCAGAAGAAACCGGCAACAGCUGUCCUAUUAAGGAAGCUUCCUCCAGUGAGAAGAACGAACCAGAAGUUCAGUGGACUGCUUCAACUUCAGUGGAACAAGUGAGAGAGAGAAGCUAUCAGAGAGCUUUACUUCUCAGUGAUCACAGAAAAGACAAGGAUAGUGACCCCGAUCCGGAAAACCUUGAGCCCACAACCACAAAUGAAUGUCCGUCCCCAGACCCUUCUCAAAAGACGUGUAAAAGCCCUUCGAAAGUGAGCAAGCCUUGUUCCCCAGGUCCUGCCGUUCCUGCCCAGUCCCUUGGGAAAACAGCCUCCAAACCAGACCCCCACUGGGAGACUUCAGUUAACGCACCUGAGGCUGAAAGCGUCCAUCUGGCCAAAACAGAACCGCAGCCGAAACAGCCGACCGCUACCAUCCAAGCACUUUCCAAAACCCAUCCUGCGGCGCAUGCGCGUGCUUCGGCCGAGCAACUUCUCCAUUCACAAAAGCUGCCUUCUGCCCCUUUGAAGCUGCCCUGCCCGCCUUCGCCUCACCUAGAAAACCCUCCCAAGGCGUCGACCCCUCACCCGCCGGCGCAGCAUGGUUAUCUGUCACCGAAGCCUCACUCCCAGCAGUUAGGGUCUCCGUACAGGCCCCACCACGCCCAGGCCUCUCAAGCGGGAACCCCCCAGAGGGACCCUCACAGAAGCUACUACCCGGCGGCCCAGGCCCUGGCCCCGGGCACGCAGCCGGCCGCCGGGCCCAUGUUCCCUCCGACGUCUUCGGGACAGCCCUCCGCCCCUUACGGUCCGUUUAGCCAACCGAACCUGAACGGCUCCGCCCCGCCCCCGCCCCCGCCGCCCCCCCCUUCUUCCUCCUCCGCCUCCUCCUCCUCCGCCUCUUCGUCCUACUACCAAAACCAGCAGCAGGCCUCGGCUCCCUUUCAGAGUUACGGUCAGUUGAAGGGGAGCCUCCCCCCGCCACAAACUGUGUUUACAGCCGGACCAAACCAAGCACUUCCCGGCCAGCCGGCGGUCCCAGGCCACCACGUGACUCCGGGGCACUUCUUGCCAACGCCGCCCCCCUCCCUCCACCACCAGGCUCCCGGGCCCGCCGCCUCCGCCGCCCCCCCGCCUCCGCCGCCGCCUCCGCCUCCGCCGCCCCCCGCCCCGGGACCGCACCUUGUCCAACAGCCCGGCGCCCAUCAGCAGCACGCGGUAGUGCACGCGGUAGGUCCCGGCUCCCACCUCCACCUGCCCCCGCCCCCUCCGCCCCCCGUGCCCGCCCCGCACCACCACCCCGCCCACACCUCGACGGGACACCAAGGUCUCCAAGCACAACACCAGCAUGUGGCCAACCCGCCCCCGCCUCCGGCCGUCUUAGGGGCCGGGCACCACGCGGCGGCGGUGGCGGCGGCGGCGGCCCAGGCGUUACACCACCCGGCCCACCAGGGACCUGCCCUCUUCCCGGCGGGCGCCCACCCCGCUGUGCCCUCCUACCCGGCCCAGGCGCCGCCGCACCACCCCCCGCUUGGCCCUGGACCUCCUCACCAGCCCUCUGGCCCAGGACCACACGGUGCAUUGCCAGUCCAAGGCCCUCACCUCCAGCCCCAAGGACCAAACAGUAUUUCCACCCCUCCGGCCGCGGGCUUCUGUCCCCACCCCGGCGCCGGCACCCUGCCGCACGGCCCUCAGCAGGCAUCACCGGUGCCCGGACAGAUUCCCAUCCACAGAGCACAGGUGCCACCGACUUUUCAGAACAAUUACCACGGUUCCGGUUGGCAUUAACACUGGGCCCCACCUCCCUCCCUCCCCAUCCCAACAUUUUUAAAAUGUUCUGUAAGAUAGACUGUAUAGUUCACACGUACCUGGUCGGGGUACUUUUUAAAGCUUGUACAUGAAACUUUGUAUAAAAGCAAACGGACACCAGUGCUCUCUCAUUGUACUCCCCCCCCCCUCGUUUUUGCUUUUUAAAAAUUCCUGAAAAACGUGCUGUUAAAACCAGUAUUAGGUAUCUUUAUUUUGUAAGUGAACAUUCCAGCUGUUUUUCUGGCAGUAGAUUUGAUGCUGCGUAAUCUUUAAAUUUUAUCGUUGCAGUUAAAUUCAUUUAGUGAAUGUUUUCUAUAUUACUUUUUAUACUUAUGUAAUACACAGCUAAGUGAUGGCACUAACAGGUUUUUCAUUUUUCUUCUGUCAACAGUUCUGUGUGUGCAUCUAGGUAGGAGAAAAAAAAUGCAAUACAGAUUUUUAUAGUUUGGUGUGGACAUGGCCCUUUCGUUUCAUCGGUUAUUUGCAGAAAAUGUAAUUUAAUGUAUAGAUCGUUUCUAAUGUCUCCUGACAGAAGUUCUGUAAAUACUGUAUUUCUCUUGCGUGUAAAAUUGCAUUCAGCUGCCCUCAUUGAUAUAGUAUUGUACAUACGACAAGUCUCUUUUGCAAAAAAUGUGUGAUCUUUGUGGAAGUAGUACAGUAUAUGACCUUUAAUUUUUUUUUUUAAUAUACUGUCACCUUGCAGCACUGGUUGGGCAUUUUAAUUCAUGUUAAUAAAUCACAAUUAUGUCAGUUUUA